AGGCUGCUUUGUCUCUCUGCUAUUUUCUUCACGGUAGGGCACCGGAAGUUUGUCUCUCUUUCUCUCUACGAUUUCCCUCAAGGCACCAGCAAUGGAAGCUUCCUUUUCGCCAUGCAACCCCAUGGCGGAUUACCACCAGCCAGUCAAAGAGAGAAAGAGGCACGGCGGCGCGAAAAAACCCUCCGCCGCCGCUGGUGGGGCGAAGGCCGCCACGAAGCUGUCGACCGACCGGCAGAGCGUGGCGGCCCGAGAGCGGCGCCACCGGAUCAGCGACCGGUUCAAGAUCCUGCAGAGCCUCGUCCCCGGCGGCACCAAAAUGGACACCGUCUCUAUGCUGGAAGGGGCGAUUCACUACGUCAACUUCCUCAAGGCCCAGAUAUGGCUCCACGAGGCCAUGAUAAACUCGGUGUCAGACCAGAGCAACCACAGCAACAGCAACAGUAACAGCAGCAGCAACAGCAGCAACAUCGCCUCCAACAUCGCCACCAGCAUUAACAACAACAAUGAGUAUUAUGCCGGCAACGCCGUCGACCACUACCAGCUGAUGGCGGAAACUGGGAUUCCGGCGGCGGUUGACGACGAGUGGCUUCAUGCCCACUCAUCCGCCGCCGGAGUGCCUCUGUCGUAUAUGCCACUGCAGCCGCAACGGGGGGUGUUUGUGGAGGCGGCCGGUGGAGCCGCCGUAGAUUGCGGCGGCGGCGCUCCCUUUCAAGAGGUAGUGGAAAGCAUGUUCUAUGAUGAUGAUGAGCUUAUGUACAACUACCCCUAGCUUGAAUUAACAUAUUAAGAGCAUCAAGUUAAGUUGGGUACGUGCUGAUGAUAAUGAUAAUUAAUCUCACGAGUCUUAUAAAUUUGUCCGUGUAGA